CCUGGAGCUGCCCAGAAGCAUCCAGCCCAUAGUUUCCACACCAUCUGGGACCUCCAAACAAAAAGGAGUAUCUGCUGAACCCACAACACAGUCAGACCUUUUGAAUGACAGUUACCGUAAACUAGACGUUGGCAAUCAACUACAAGACGCCAGGCCAAUAGCUACCAAGUCAUGUCAACGGGACGCCAAUAGCCGAGUCACGUUUCAGUCUGAUGAAGAUGUAGACAGUCCAGCCUCACCUCGUCGUCGUUUACAGCCUUUACUCGGAUAUGACUGGAUAGCAGGAGUUCUGGAUGCCGAGGACUCGGUAAUCGAGCGAUCUGACGAGUUCUUUAAUGAGCUAUGUGAGUUUCGAUCGCGCAAUAAAAACGAGUGUGUCCAUGACUCGCGAGCAGAAUUAUUUGAAGGGAGACCUGUGGCUACACCUCUCCUACCAGACGAGGAGGAUCAGGAAGCGACCGCGAGCUCUCAUCAGUGCACAUUCUCUUACAGGAUUAACAGCAGACUGUUUCCUGUCCCACUUCACUCUCAGGAGUGCUGCUCAGUGUGCCAAAGGCCCAAAUCCUCCCACCCGCACACUGCUGCUGAGCCAGCUCUUAUCAGGGUCAGCAUUCCUCGUGCCGCCAUCUUGCCACCUUACAAACACAAACCUCAUCGGCGGUGCAGCUUUGACCCUUCUGACAGUUUGGGGUUACCAUCGCACUGCCUCUCAGGCUGGUCAAACACGGGUCAGAAGCCCCCGCCACCUCCCAGCAGCCUCGAUCUGCGGAGCAGUCUCAAAACCAWGAGCUCCGAGAGGGCUCUGAACACGGAACGGGAGGGCUUUCCUGCAGCCAAAGGAGGCCAAAACAUUGACCAGAUUGCAGAUGUGUCUCGCCUGCCUCGUUACAACUUUCAACACUUCUCCACAAAAAGAAAGCUGGGAUCUCGUCUUCUAAGCUGACUAAAGAAAAUUUGGUGUAUUCUUAAAUAAUCAACUUUUAAGAUCAUUUUGACUCUACUUUGUUUUCAAACAGGAUAUUUUAGUGUUUUAUUUUAGUCUCUUGUCAAGUUGCAAAGAGAUUACUUGCAGUAGAAUUGUGUACAUUAUUUUAUAUAUAAGUCAUGUUGGCUCCCAGACCUCGGCUGUUAAUGGGAGUUACAUUUUAGUUGUUCCCUCUUUGCUUUCUUCCUCUGACUUCGAACUCGAGCAGACCUCGAUUUAGACUCCUCGUGACUGCAGCUUUGUGGAAGUGAAGCAAGAGGUCCGGGCGUUGCACCACAGUGGAAAGACGAGACGUUUAAAGAGACCCGCUGACCAUUUUAGACUCUCAUAAGGUGAAACAGUUUACUUGAAGGGGUUAUCUUGCAAAAUUCAGGAAGUCACAUUGAGUCAUCUCUCAUCAUCGGAGCAGCAGUUUCCCUCGCCAGCUGUUUGUUUUGGCUCUCAGGCGUACUUCUGUUUUUAACUUCCUUACUGCGGGACUGAGAACAUUCAUUGUCGAACACCAGGUUGCUGUAGAGAAGCUGCAGCUCACAGGAAACCACAACAAUCUAUACAAUCUUAAGUUGCUACUGAGAUGGCACCUACGUCUCUGUAGGUCUGGCUUUGUUUUUAUUUACCUUCCGUUUAGGUUUUAAAUGACAGAAUCUUGCUCUUUUAAUCUUUACCAGUAAACAGGACUAGGGGGCUGAACCUUACUGGAUUUUUUUUAAUUAUUAUAAAUUUUACCAGCAAUGUAGGGUGAGCAAUGUUUAGCUCAUGGAUGCCCCCCGCCCCCCAGCUAUUUUUCCGAGCAAUUUCUGCAGCUGCGUUUGAAUGAACAGGAUUUGAAACUUGCUUGUGAAUGAUAACGUCCCACUGACAAACAUCCCUGUGGUGUCUGCGUUAGAGACCUGUUUUGAUUUGUAGACUCCGCACUGCUUUAACACGGGAGAGCGUCUCCACUUGAGGAAGCAAAACACGACUUUCAUUACUGCCUUAAACAAGUUUCAUGUGUGUCAUUUAUGAACUAUCCUGCUGUACUUGUGCAAAUGGCUCAUCGGUACAGUGAGAUAAAUCAGUGCACUAAUAUGUGAUUGAGUGAUACCAACGGCUGGGACCCCACUGUGUGUUUCAGAGGACUUUUCUGUAAUCGAAUCAAAUUUAAAGAYGAUUAACAGCACAUUUUUGUUAAAGUUGUUAUAAAAUUAGGAAAACCAUUCAGAAUCCAGUAAAGUUAAUUUAGCUGUUUGUGUUCUAUUUAUAUUCUUAUUUUUAAGCCUUUUCUUUCAAUGUUUGCACACUUUAACCAGUCGUGGUUGGCAUCGUUACAGUUAUUCUGUGGGUAAGGACCUGAAACAUUUGGGAACAGUCUCCGCUCAUACGGCCUGCAUCGGCAGGCGUUACGUGUUGGUAAAAGUCAUUCGAGGUAAAUAAAACAUGCAAAUGGA